UGUUUAGAAGAUCAAGAAAUGUUCAUCAUCAGUUGAUAGAAGACACCAACUAUCAACUUCCGAGGCAAAACUUUUUAAAAAUACUUUAUUAAUCCUGAAAAUCCAUUAGUUUUCUAAUAAUUAACGGAAAAUCGGACACAAUAAAUCAAUUGAAACGUCUCAAUUUUUUACCCCAAAGAAGAAACUAGUUUUGACAGCUAGUAGUUACCAACUGGUUAAAAGGUUUAAAAUAACUUCCAGUUUCUGGACUUUUCUCUUUCAAAAUUCAUGGGAUUUGCAUCAAUAGUGUAUGGUACAAUUUUUGGUGUUUAUAAGUGUUUUGUAUAAUGAUGAUGGAACUUCAUACUUUGGUGGAAGACGCCCCUGGAUUAGACAAUCAGAAAAACGAAAAGAAAAUGGACGAAUACAAGGAGGUGCCGACGAGCGAAAAAGAUGAAAUUUUGUACGCCUACGAAAAAAAGAAGUCAUGGAAACCUUUACUGAGGCAGCUGUUCAUAGCGAGCGGCCUAUGGACCCCCUAUUUCGCGGUGGGCCUCAGCCUUGGGACCCCCACCGUGUAUGUACCCCAAGCGAGGAAGCAGGCCAACUCUACUGACGCCGUGUCUGUGGAAAUGGCGUCUUGGCUAUCCUCCCUCUUCGGUUUCUCGUCUCUGCCUUUCGUCUUCAUACUAGCAAUACUGAUGACCAGGAUCGGGCGAAAGAAGAGCUCGCUAUUCGUCUCCAUAAGUUUAGUUCUUAUAUCCAUAGGAUACUACCUGACGUCAUCUCCAGUACACUUGUUGAUCACCAGCGUCAUCCAAGGCGUGCCAAACGCCGCUACCGUCUCUGUAUCAAUAUUAUCAACAGUAGAAUACACUUCUCCCAAAGUUCGAGGGGUUUUACUAACGAUCAAGACUGCCACAGUUUUCUGGGCGUUGUGGAUAGCGAAUACAAUAGGUACUUACGCGGAUUGGAGGUACAUUUGCGUGCCCAGUUUCAUAAAUGCACUGUACUCGUUAACCGUUGUGUUCUGGCCAGAAUCACCGAUGUGGUUGGCCAGUCAAGGCAGGAUUGAAGAAUGUAAGAAAGUCCACAGGUCUUUGAAAGGAUGUGAUGUUGAAUCGGAGAGAGAACUGCAGAAGUUGAUCGAGCACCAAAUGGAGGUCGACAAAAAGAGGCUGCAAAAAAAAGAUUCCUACUCAGAUAUCUUAAAAGACAGAGUGUUUUAUAUACCAGUUACUCUAUCCUGUGUGAUGAUGUGUACACAUUUAUUGUCGGGGAAGCAAAUUUGUAUGAUGUACGCUUUGGACGUCUUGACGAAAAUUACUAAAAGUGAAGAUACGGCGUACAGCGGAAUGCUCUUACUUGAUGGCGUGACAGUCCUAUGUAUGUACAUAGGCUGUGGUUUCUCUAAAGUUCUUACUAGGCGUACUUUAUUGUUCACUUUCGGGUCUCUAGCUGUUUUCUUUCUAUUUGCUCUCUCUUUGUAUUUGUACCUGUGUCAUUUAGAAGUGAUUGUUAGCAACAAUUAUAUUCCCAUGUCACUCCUUGUAGCCUUUUCCAUGGCUAUAGGAAUUGGCCCUAUAAUUUUGGGUAUUUCUUUAUAUGGAGAGUUAAUACCUAUAAAAUAUAAAGGAGAAUCUAUUAUAGUAACUUCUCUAUUCUUCUUCCUUCUCCAAGCGACUCUUUUUAAAGUUUCUCCGUAUGUUUUCGAUAUUUUAGACUUGCAUGGGAUGUUCUUUGUGUGUGGAAUAUGUGUGACGAUCAGUUUAAGCAUUUUGUACAAAUAUCUGCCUGAAACGAAGGACAGAACUCUGCAAGAGAUUGAGGAGUAUUUUAAGAAACGAUGAUUUUAAUUAUAAAUAGGAAAUUUUACACUAUUUAUCAUUAAUUCCAAAACAAAACUUCUGAUUUUAAAAACUCUAGUGUCCUAAUAAGGUCCGGAGUUGUAAUCGUAGAAAUAGUCUCUAGAGUUGUUCUUCUUCUUAUUUUGUUUAUAGGUCUGACAUAGAGACCUCCCCAAUCAAAUCAAUACAAUCGUGCGAAUCUGCUCAAAAUUUGAUUAAGCUUUAAAUUAAUAAUUUUUGAUAUGUUGGUAAAAUAUAAGUGACGUCAUAGCUUGUUAGUAUUGCCAUAUAAAAUCUAUGAGAGAAAAAGUAAUUUGUGGUAUCAGAAACCAGAAAAGAUAAAUGUAAAUUAUUUUUUUUAACUAACUACAAGGAAAAUUAUUCGUAAAAACUAAAAUAGUCAAAAGGAAACAGUUUGGUAUGAAUUAAAAUGUUUUUAACGUCAAAACGUGCGUGAAAAACGAUUGUGAUAUCAAUUAGGAAUUACCAAUUAAAUUAUCUGCCUUAUUUUAAUUUAAGCUAUUAUUAAGAUAAGCUUGUACAAAUCAUCUUUAUGUUUAAGUAAUUUUAAUUGUAAAUAUUCGUGUGUAAGUUGUAAAGAUAGAUAUAGUACCAAAAUAAUGAACUGUCCUAUGCAUGACAUUGACAGUGGGGCGCCACCGUCAAUACCGGAUCGCUGGUUCCGAUUUUUGCCAUGUUGGAAACCAUAUAGUUGAACGAUGGUAGCGCCCCCCUGUCAUUGAGUUUGGUGGGACAGUUCAGCUUGGGUCAUCUAUA